GGGAGGUUCAUCAGACCCACCGCAGUCAGCGUCUCCGACUAGUCAGCAACGGCUGCCCGGGCAUUUUCAUCCUUCAUAGCUGCAUACGUCCUCUUGCUCCUUCCCAGUCAGAGAGGUCACUGGAAGAGCUCAAUGAUUUAGCCCUGCAGGUAGCUAGCAGGUGCCCGCCAGAGAGCACUAGUAGGCAGGUGUUGGAAAGAGGAUCAGACACGGCGGGCGAGGGUGUCAACAGUUCAACAAGGACUGCAAACAAGCUUACAGCCCGGAGGCAUCGCAAACAUGGGGAAUGCCGCUGUUCCAAUCAUUUCCUCAGUCGCAGGAGCUGCGACAGUAGUAGUAAUGAUCGCCCUCAUCAGGAGAUGCCGCGUUGUGAGGAAGAAGAUGAAGAAGAAGACCGUGAAGAAAGUCAUGGAGGAGAUCGAGAGAAGGAACCGCGAGGUUCAAGCCUGCAAGGCCUUGGACGACGUAGUGAUCGAGAUCGGGCCGGUGGAGAAGUUCCUGAACGAGAUCCUCAACGAGAAGCCCAUGCGUUUCAGCUCCGAGCAGCUGGCGGCCUGCACCCGGAACUACUCGUCGGAGCUGGGGUCCGGCGGCUUCGGCGUGGUCUACAAGGGCGACCUGCCGAACGGUCUUCCGGUGGCCGUGAAGGUCCUGAAGGUGUCCAUGAACAAGAAGGUCCAGGAGGGGUUCAUGGCGGAGAUCGGCACCAUCGGCCGGACGUACCACGUGCACCUCGUCCGCCUCUACGGCUUCUGCUUCGACAGGGACACCAAGGCGCUGGUCUACGAGUUCUUGGAGAACGGCUCACUCGAUAAGUACCUCUACAGCGACGAGGAGGGCAAGGCGGCGAGGCUGGAGUGGAGGACGCUGCACGGCAUCGCCGUCGGCACGGCGAAAGGGAUCCGGUACCUGCACGAGGAGUGCCAGCAGCGGAUCGUGCACUACGACAUCAAGCCGGCCAACAUCCUCCUCACCGCCGACUUCACCCCGAAGGUGGCCGACUUCGGGCUGGCCCGGCUUGGCGAGCGGGAGAACACGCACAUGUCGCUGACCGGCGGCGGGCGCGGGACGCCCGGGUACGCGGCGCCGGAGUUGUGGAUGGCGCUGUCGGCGACGGAGAAGUGCGACGUGUACAGCUUCGGGAUGGUGCUGUUCGAGAUCCUGGGGCGGCGGCGGAACUUCGACCCCUGCGAGGGCGAGAGCAAGGAGUGGUUCCCGAGGUGGGUGUGGGAGAAGUACGAGCAGGGCGAGAUCGAGCGCGUCGUGUCCUGCGCCGGGAUCGGGGAGGCGGACAGGGAGAAGGCGGAGAUGAUGUGCAAGGUGGCGCUGUGGUGCGUGCAGUUCCAGCCGGCGGCGCGCCCGACGAUGAGCAGCGUGGUGCGGAUGCUGGAGGGGGAGAUGGCCAUCGUCCCGCCGGUAAACCCGUUCCGCUACGUGAUGGACAGUAGUAGCAGCGGCUCGACGAGCUCGGGGCUGUGGAGCGGCACGUACCAGAGCAGCAGGGACACAGCCGGCAGAGACAGCGAGCUGUCAGUGAGCCAUGCUGCCAUGCCGGUUGACGCGAUGAUCGAAGAUGUUAAGCGGAGUGAUGAGUAAGUGUGAAUGAAAUAGAGCCUGUACAAAGUUUAAAUCAAAAUACCUUACAUUUCAUUAUGGAUGGAAUAUUUUAUUA